AUGACGAAUAAGUUGGCACUUGAAGCCCUUGAUAGAACUUUUCGUGAUUUAAUGAGUUUGAAUGUGCCUUCGGCUCGUGAUAUUCCCUUCGGUGGGAAAGUUAUUGUGCUUGGUGGUGAUUUUAGACAAGUGUUACCAGUUAUUCCUAAACGAACUCAUGCUGAAAUAGUUAUGACUUCAAUUAAUUCGUCAAUUCUUUGGAAACAUUGUAAGAUUGGUGAAGGUUCUUGUGGGGUUCAAAAGGAGGAUGAAAUUAUUGUUGAUAUUCCAAGUGAUUUACUUAUUCCUUCGACUGACAAUCCUAUUCAGGAUAUUGUUUCAGCUAUAUAUUCAGAUAUUGAUGAUAACUAUGGUAAUGCUUUGUAUUUUCAAGAACGUGCUAUACUUGCUCCUACUGUUGAUAUUGUGUCGCAGAUAAAUGAUUUUGUUGUUGAUACUCUUCCUGGGUUAGUAAAGAUUACAUGUUUAGGGAUACCAAAUCAUGUUCUUAAAUUGAAGAAAGGUGCUCCUAUUAUUUUGCUAAGGAACAUAGAUCAGGCAAAUGGAUUGUGUAAUAGAACUCGACUUAUUGUUCAAGAUCUUGGAGAUAAUAUUAUUGGUGCUGAAGUUGUGUCUGGAAGUAACAUUGAUGACAAGGGUGCUGUUAAUGAUGAUGACCUCUUUAUUAGAGGGAAGCAAAAUAUGUAUUUAGAAAAUUCUACUAUUAUUGUUUUAGUUCGAUUGUAUUUGUUUGAUAUCUAUUUUAAGACAUAA